AUGUCCUCUCGUGCCCUCCGCAAACUCCAGCGUGAGCAAGAACUCCAGCGCCAGGUGGACAAGGCCGAACGGGCCUAUGAAGCCCAGGAGGAGUCAGAGGACGAGGAUGAAUUAAACGCCGCCGCCGAACCACAGCCUCGAUCUACAAAACCUCAAAAUGCCUUUGAUUUGCUAGAGAUGGGUGGAGAUGAGGAAGACUCUGAAGUAAAUGACCACGAGCUCCCGUCAAACCCCCCAGAUCCGACUUCCACUUCCACUCCCGUCCCCAAUCCCUCAUCUUCAUCCAAGCCCAAAAAGAAGAGAAAGGCCAGGGCGAAAAAGAAGGGGAAAGCAGCCGACGAGGCGAAGAAUGAGGAGUCUGGAGAUGAGGUUGAUCGUGCUCUUAAGGAGUUGAAUGCAAAAGGGCAAGCCUCACAGGCUGAUGUUGCCGCCGAACAUGUCCCUGGCUGGAACUGGGAGGUCGAAGCCACCAAACUCCUGCAUGUUGAGGAGCGGAACCUCAAUCCCAUCAAUGAAAUGAAGAGUUUAUUCGGUAGUAUAGCCCUUGAGGGUGAAGGAUCCCGCUCUUCACCACGAAAUCUUCGACGCCGAGAACAGAAUCAGCAGGGUGGCGUCGACUUGGCAACUGCAUUGACUGGAAGAUAUUCGGUGGCUAGCAAGGGUAAGGAACUUGGUUCUCUCGCUUCAAGACGAAACAUCUUCAUCCAAGGUAAGGAGGAGUGGCCAUUGUCCACUAGUGGUGGCUUGAGUAUGGAACUCGUCCCGAACCCCCAGUCUUUCACAAAACAAUACACUAUUGUUCACAGCAACCUCUACCGAGAAACUCAAAUACAUUUCUGCAUGGCGGUUGAGUCGAUGGAUCCUCAAAGAAUGAUCGGUCUCCUCUCCAUGUAUCCAUACCAUAUUGCUACCCUAUUACAGGUUUCGGAGAUUGCAAAACACCAAGGGGACCACUCUGUUUCUGGCGAUCUCCUGGAGCGAGCACUUUACUCUAUUGGCAAAUCCGUUCAUAGCUCCUUCCCGUCAUCUUUAAGGAGCGGCAUCGCUCGGAUUGCCUUCAACAAGCCUGCUAAUAGAGAACUCUACCUCGCAAUAUGGAGAUAUAUCACCAACUUAGGAAUGAGAGGGACCUGGCGUACAGCUUUCGAGUGGUCCAAGAUCUUGCUGCAGUUAGAUACACUCGUCGAUCCUUAUGGCGUCACGUUAAUGAUUGACCAACUGGCACUCAGAGGUCGGCAACACGCACAACUCCUGGCUCUCUGUGCGGAUGAUGCGUAUGGCCCAGCAUGGGCUCAUCUACCAAACAUUCAGACUUCCCUGGCUUUGGCUUAUCUGCGAGCUGGCAAACCACGAGAAUCGCGCAAGCAACUUGCACUCGCAACGCACAGAUAUCCUUACAUUAUGUCGGCCCUCGCCUCAGCAUUGGAUGUCUCGCCCUUGCCAAAAUCACUCUGGGCUAAACUUCCAUCGAGUGAUGCCGAGAAACUCUAUACUCAACUCUACGUCACCCGUGCAAAAGAUCUUUGGAAUACGCCGGAAACUAUCAGCUUAUUAGUUGAAGUGGCAGAAACUCUCAAUCAUUAUCCCCAAGAGUCUGCACCUUCGGCUAAGCUCGAAAUCUCCCUUGAAGAAGCACGACAUAUCAUGCUCCUCGAAAUCCCAUACUUGAUCGCUCUGCUUCCUCGACGCUUCACCACAAUGCCUACAUCCUCCAGUGACGUUCUCCCUCCCCCAGACUCCGAGUCAGAUUUCGUUAGACGGGCUCCCGGCGCCGCUGGGGGUGAUGGGACUAUGCAAGCCAUAUUCAGUGCGGCAGGAGCAACUGCAGGUGCAACCGGCUCUCUUCUCCAGCGGAUCAUGAACUGGUUCCAGCAACCAGCUGGGCCAAACGAUACAGAGGGCGAGUCCGAUGGCCAGGCCGCUUUACGAAGCCUGCAAGAGCAGCUUGGUGGAAAUGUACCCCACCAAAUGAUCGAACAGUUAUUGCAGAUCCACCUCAACGAGACAGAAGAAGAGGACAUCAAUCCAGCUGGGCUCGGUAUGGUCGGCGGCUGGGACUAUUAUGAGGAAGCAGCCGACGAUGAUGACGAGCAAGACGACAGUAUGCCUGAGUUAGAAGACAUUCCGGUGGGAUCAGCCAGUCUUUCUCCGUCCACUUUCACCACUGCUGAUACAGAGGUGUCGCGCAACCCUCACGCUGCGAUGGUUGAAGAUGACGACGACGACGACGAUUACGACAGUACUCCUGGUCGAAACCAACAACUCGCCUCCUCCACUACAACUGGCAACGCCAUCCUUCGACGUGUCGACAGCGAUGACUCCAUCACCACUCCAGCCCCGCCAUCAUCAUCACCACCACCACCAUCCUCCACCGCUCGCCGUCCCAUCCUUUCUCCGUCAGCACCAGCACCGAGGACCUUCCAGCCCGCUACAUCUACUUCUACACCGGCAGAAACAUCCGACACCGACCUCUCGGACCCACAACGCCUGCAGCGCUGGCUCCUGACGACAGGGCUGACAGAAGUCCAAUCGAAGAAGACCUCUCUCGCCACGUAUGUUACACGCCUCAAGACCCUGCGCAAGCCCCAGCAGAACUGGGUUGUAAGCAUGGUCCGCCACCGCGCGGGACCGGAGCUGGAAUCACAACUCAUCGGGACGUUACAGGAAUAG